CCUCAAUCCGCUGCAUUUCAAUUUACAGACCUUUCAUGGCGCCUGGGACUGUGACUGCUCGAGCCACAGGCGCCAUUAUUGCCGCCAUCUCUGUUUCUAUGGUCCUCUUCUCUUACCUUCUUCGCAAACACCAUUCGAAGGAUCAUUCGAGUAAGAACACAAAAUCCUUCUCUGUAUCUAAGAAAAGUCCAAGAAAUGGGCCCGUAGGUGCCAUUGGCAAUACCCCUUUGAUACGGAUUAAUAGCCUCUCCGAGGCCACUGGUUGUGAGAUUCUUGGGAAGUGCGAGUUCUUGAAUCCGGGUGGAAGUGUGAAGGAUAGAGUUGCAGUUAAGAUCAUUGAAGAGGCCUUAGAAUCUGGUAAGCUAGUUGAGGGUGGUGUAGUUACAGAGGGAAGUGCUGGAAGCACUGCCAUAAGUCUUGCCACAGUUGCUCCUGCUUAUGGUUGCAAGUGCCAUGUGGUUAUUCCAGAUGAUUCUGCUAUUGAAAAAUCUCAAAUACUUGAAGCGCUUGGAGCUCAUGUUGAAAGGGUAAGACCAGUGUCAAUUACGCACAGAGAUCACUUUGUUAACAUUGCUAGGAGGAGAGCUGCGGAAGCCAAUGAGCUAGCUUUGAAGAACAAAAAAGAAGAGCAACUAUUUGUGGGAGGCAAGAAACAAAGUAAUGGUCACAUUUAUGAGGGAGGAACCCAAGAGUCCUCUUUCUCAAGUAAUUGCAAAGGUGGCUUCUUCGCUGAUCAAUUCGAAAACUUGGCGAAUUAUCGAGCUCAUUAUGAGGGUACGGGACCAGAGAUUUGGGAACAAACUGGUGGGUGUAUAGAUGCCUUCGUUGCAGCUGCGGGAACCGGUGGCACCGUGGCUGGUGUUUCCAAUUUUCUCCAGGAGAAUAAUCCAAAUGUGAGGUGUUUCCUCAUAGAUCCUCCUGGCUCAGGCCUGUUCAACAAGGUGACUAGAGGAGUUAUGUACACUAAAGAGGAGGCUGAAGGACGAAGAUUAAAGAACCCUUUUGACACAAUAACUGAAGGAAUUGGAAUCAAUAGAUUAACGCAGAAUUUCUUGAUGGCAAAACUUGACGGGGCAUUUCGUGGAACAGACAGGGAAGCCGUUGAAAUGUCAAGAUAUCUGUUGAAGAAUGAUGGGCUCUUUCUAGGGAGCUCUUCGGCCAUGAAUUGUGUUGGAGCUGUGAAAGUGGCACAGUCACUUGGCCCUGGCAACACUGUUGUCACCAUUCUUUGCGACAGUGGAAUGAGGCAUCUGAGCAAGUUUUUCAGUGCAGAGUAUCUGAGUCAAUACGACUUGACGCCCAAGGCUACCGGCUUAGAAUUUCUGGAAUCCAGGUGAUGGUAGACCUACGAGCCACAAAAUCUCGUGUUAAAGAGCCUGGAGGUUCUCGUGUUAAAGAGCCUGGAGGUUCUCGUGUUAAAAGAGCCUGGAGGUUCUCGUGUUAAAAGAGCCUGGAGGUUCUCGUGUUAAAAGAGCCUGGAGGUUCUCGUGUUAAAAGAGCCUGGAGGUUCGGUAUGCCUACUUGAAAUUCUCAUCAUAUUUUAGGGUCUUGGAGUACAAAAUUGACCAUUUUCAUGUUGCAAAUCAUGAACGUUGGAUUAGAGUAAUUCAAUUUUGUAAGAUUGAGGCAUUGUUGUUAGGAAGUUUAAGAACAUUCAAUGAUUAGCUUCACCAAACAUGCUGCUUUUACAGCAACUACUUGAAUUAUACCAUCGAAGCUCCAAUACAAAACUUAUUAUAGUUC